UAUCAUUUAGAGCGCAAAUAUUGAGAGAUUAAUAUAUGUUUGGUUAGUAUUGAUUGUUAUCGACAAACAAUCUAUUGAUUAAUGAUAUUAUAAGACAUAAUUAGAUGCAAUCAAUGGUAACAUAUGAAUGAUAUGACAAUUGAUUGCAAAUGAUGUGAUGCCGUGUAAAGACCUCUACAUUAGUAAAAUGAUGGCAAAUAUGGCGCCAUUUAUGUGAAUGUAAUGACUGUUCAAAUGCUUUCAAUAAAACUAUUGAAGACUUGUUUGCAAAACAAGUGUUGAAAACAAACCAUCGAUUGAUAACUGAUUUGAAUGUCCGAAGACUGACCACAAGUGAUAUGUCGACAGCUAUUGAUUCAUCACAUCUGUUGACCCAAAUGUUGGGCGACGAAGAGCUAACAAAAACAAUUAAAAAGAGUCACAUUCUUCUGGUGGGCGCCGGAGGUAUCGGUUCCGAAGUGAUUAAGAAUUUGCUGUUAAUGGGCUUCGAGAAGAUAAAAGUGAUUGAUUUGGACACCAUUGAUGUCUCUAACCUCAACAGACAAUUCCUCUUUAAUCGACAACAUGUCGGCAAAAGUAAGGCUGAAAUAGCGUCUCGAGUGGCAAAAGACAACUUCGGGCACAACGACACACUGACAGUGGAACCGAUUCACGACUCAAUUCAGAGCCGCGAUUAUGACAUAGAUUUUUACAAAGAAUUUACUCUUGUGAUCAAUGCUUUGGACAAUAGAGCCGCAAGAAGUCAUGUAAACCGCAUGUGUUUGGCUGCAGACAUACCACUGAUAGAGUCGGGAUCUGAGGGCUAUAUGGGUCAAGUGUUCCUCAUUAACAAACAUAUUACCCAAUGCUAUGAAUGUGAAGGACCCAAACAAGACAGUCGUACGUAUGCCUCGUGUACUAUACGUAACACACCAUCCCUUCCCAUUCAUUGCAUCGUUUGGGCCAAACAUCUGUUCGCACAACUUUUCGGUGAAGUGGACGUCGACAACGAUGUCAGUCCAGACAUGAAUGAUCCAGAAUUGACUGAAAAUAAGACAAAUGAAAGCAAUGUGACUAAUGGCAAAACUCGUUUACAGUCGACGAGAGAUUGGGUUCAGAAGUGUGAUUACAAUACCAAAGAAGUCUUCGAUAAGUUGUUUCAAACAGAUAUCGAAUAUUUGUUAAAAAUGGAUAAAUUAUGGGAAUCGAGACGAAAACCAUUUUCUAUAAAUUAUGAUAAAGUAGUUAACAAUGAGAUUCAAUUUGAUUCACUUGAAGCCACCAGUAGUACACACGGUCUGAAUGGUUCAACUGAUAAACCGGAACUUAAAGACCAAAUACUUUUGUCAAUAAAAGAUUGUUUGGAAGUUCUCGAUACUAGUAUUAAGACAUUGAAAGACCGGUUAAAAACUGAAAAUUUUUUGGUUUGGGAUAAAGACGACGAACCGGCCCUCGACUUUGUGACUGCCGUUUCAAAUCUUAGAUCGUUUUGCUUUCAUAUUAGUAGAAAAUCAAAGUUUGACGUGAAAUCAAUGGCCGGCAACAUAAUACCCGCCAUUUCAUCUACUAAUUCAAUAGUCGGUGGACUAAUGAUAUUACAGUGUCUUAAUGUUUUACGAAAUAUUACUAAACGUGACUCAGGAAUGGCUAAAGAAGAAGCCGAUAAAGAAUUGUAUGACUCGUGUCGUCACAUAUAUCUUCGCAAAGUUGGUCCUUCGGCUAAGAAUCUGAUUGCUUCUUAUCAAUUGGAAAAACCAAAUCUUAAUUGUUUAGUCUGUUCUUCAUCGGUGCCUGAAAUUGAAAUCAGUCUAAGGCUUAGCGAAACUUUGAUGACAGACUUUAUCGAUCAAAUCAUUUAUAAGAAAUUACAUUAUGUUUGUCCUGAUAUUACAAUAGAUGGUACUUCUGUUAUACUUUACACUAAAGAAGAUUACGAUGACAUGGAUAACGAAGCGAGAGAACGAUUUGAGAAGAAAUAUCUAUCAGAUUAUAAGGAUGUGAGCGAUAAAACACGUGUUUCUGUCAACGAUUUGCUACAAGACUUGCAAAUUAUUAUAACAUUAAGAGAUGUUGCGAUUGAUAAAAACGAAAACGACGGCCUCUUCUAUAAAAUGGUUAUAACUAAAGAAGGAAUUACAAAGAAUGAACAAACAAAUGAUGAGACUAUAGAAGAUUCAAAUGAAAACAAAGUAGAAACAGACUCGAGAUCUGAUGACAUGAUAAACGAUGACGUUAUUCAAGUAGAAGAUGAGAACCAAAACAAUGAGUCGCCACAAGUUGAAGGUUUGGAUCCAAUGAAUGAGGCGAAUGAAGUAGAAGAGGUAACCAUCAGUGACUCUGAUAAUGAUAGUGUUAUAAUUGAUGAUAACGAGGAUAGCGAUAUACUUGAUAUAACUGAAGUAAAUAAGAGAAAAUUAGAUAACAUUGUUGAGGACGAGUCAACCGCCAAACGGCUUAAGAAUUAAACAAAUAUUUGACUCUUUAUAUAUAUCUUUAGUUAUUUUUGAUUAUUUAUAAAUUUCUUUAAUUUUAUAACUAAUUUAUAAGAUUAUUAGAUAAACAUUGAUAAACAGGAUUUCAAUUGUUAAUUAUA